AAUUGCAUCCCAAUAUAUGAUCAGUGGCACAAUCAUUGCCAUAACAUUAAUGAAUAGAAGGUUUUGUGCUCAAUAAAAGCUUCUUCUACAAAUCAACAUCUCAGCUACAAAUUAGCAGUGAAAAAAUGGCAGAUGAAUGCAGCGAAGUGAAGUCGGCAGGACCAUCCUCGCCAAGGAGUCCUCAGAGCAGUAGCACCGGUGGAAAACCCAGCAGCCCGCAUUCCCCUAGGCAACCUAGACGUGUAAAACUUACUCAGCAACAAUUGGACAGCUUGACAAAGGACGAGCUAGCAGCUAAAUGGCAUGAACAGGACUUGUAUGUGGAGUGUCUAGAAACCCAGGCGGCAGCUCAGGAAGGUACUGAGAUCACACGAGUGAGACCACCUCACUCACCACAUAUCUUAAGCGAAUUAACGAAUGCCAGAACACAACGGUCUUUUAUAAGAGACAAGACUCUCAUAGGGACGUUAAGCAUAGGGUUCAUUAGACCAGUGUUUAGGAUACUUUCACUAAAUUGUCUAUUAGGAUUAAGAUAAUGAGAGAGCUUUAGUAAAUAAGAGUAAUACACUAUAGGUAUAAAAUAUGAAAGUAUUUUUGUUGCUCUCUAUGAGAAAGCUUAGUACAUGCGUAUGUGCAGUCAGAUUGUUUUGAUGUAUUUGCACAAGUAGUAGAAAGAUAUAAAACUGAAUAAUUGCGUUUCGUAAUAUGCGAUAUAGUGUUGAUCAACUCGAUUAUAUAUUAAUUUUUAAAACAAUAUUUGUGAUGUGUAGUGCGGAUAAUUAAAUUAAAGAUUCAUAUGUAUAGUGACACAAAACGCGAAAAUUCUCAAGGUAUCUGUGAGCAUAGGUGGAGUGAUAGCCACGUAUACAAUAUACAAAAGCUGGGAUAUAUUUGUAGGCCGAGAUAUAUCUACGCUAAAUUUUCCUGUGAGCAGUUAUACUGUCAGCCAUGAAAAGCAUAGUAAAAGUGAAUAUGGCUGAAAUAACAAGUGUUAAUGUGUAUCAAGAGGCGUCCAUUUCUUUGCAAAAAAGAAAUGUGUCUGCCAUCAAUAUUGUGGAAGAUACAACCAUUUAAUUCAAAAUAACAUUUUGCAAGUGCCUGUGCAGUGUAUCGCGUAUACCUUUGCAGUGUAAUAAUUAUACCAUCAAAUGCAGGACAAGUGUGUGCGCGCGUGUAAUUCGAAAUACCGAGUUUCUAGUUAACAAAGAUGAGACGAAAAGCACAGCGUUUUUAUGAAGACGCUGAAUUUACGGCUCAGAGGAAUAAUAAGAAUGGAUCCAUGUCACCCUUGGCCAAAAUACUACAUUUGGGGUGCGUGAAUUUAAAUCUCUCGGUGAAGUACGCAACCACAACAUUCGCCGUUACCAAAACUGGAACAUUACCUAAUCCUACCAUCAGCUCUCUCUCCUUACCCUUUUUUUUUCAAAUCUACAUAUUUUUAUAUAUUAUCUUUUGUCCUUAAACCUUUUUCCAGUUAGAUAAUGCAAUUUUUCAUUAAUUGUAUUCCUAGACCAAUCAUCCUUCUAUAUAUUCUCACUAUGAAUGCAACUUGUGUGCAUGCAUUUAUACCUGCACCAUAAUGUCCGGAUAUCAGAAACGAAUUUCAAAAGUACAAACCUGUGAAUUAAGCCCGGCCGGCGUCUCGUUACAACAUCUAUGCCUACAAGUACAUGCUUGAUUCUUGCGGAAGAAAAGUAACAUCCACUCUUGGUCUUGGUGGAAGUAUCUGACAAAUGGCACAUCGCAACGAGCUCCAAAAUCAAAGUGAACUAGCCUCAUUGAGAGAAUCCGAAAACAAAUACAGGCAACAAUAUGUAGAAGCAUCUCACAGGGAGAAGAUCUUAGUAAGGAGGCUUGCCUCUAAAGAGCAGGAAUUGCAAGAAUAUAUUAAUCAAAUAACUGAAAUGAAAGCCACCCAAGCUCCGUCCGCAGUUGCAUUAAGGUCUGCUCUGUUAGAUCCGGCUGUUAAUAUAUUGAUACAGAAAUUAAGGCAAGAAUUAAUAACGACCAAGAGUAAAUUAGAGGAUACACAAAAUGAGCUAAGCGCAUGGAAAUUUACGCCAGACAGCAAUACAGGGAAAAGAUUAAUGGCAAAAUGUAGAUUAUUAUAUCAAGAAAAUGAAGAACUUGGUCGUAUGAUUGCUAGUGGACGUAUUGCUAAGUUGGAAGGUGAACUUGCCUUACAAAAAAGUUUCAGUGAAGAAGUAAAAAAGUCACAAUCAGAAUUAGACGAGUUUCUACAAGAUUUAGAUGAAGAUGUGGAGGGUAUGCAGAGUACUAUUUACUUCUUACAACAAGAAUUACGCAAGGCUCGAGAAUCUGUCACGCUAUUACAACAGGAAAAUUCAGCAUUGAAGACGAAUACAAAUGAGAAUAAUUUAUCGAAUGGUUUAUCACCCCAUACACCCCCAAUCAAAAAGGAGGAAUUGGAAGAAACUCCUGCACCAGAUACGAAACUUCCGAAACCGAUGGAGGACAGUGAUAUGUGCAAAGGUGUAAGAACUCCAUCGUUAACGUCGCCCCAGAGUGAGCUUACUAGUGUUGAAAGAACAGAACGUGCAGAGAGAAAACUUAAUCAAGCCGAUCAUAAUGACGAGAGUUCUAGCGACUCCGCGGCACUAAUUAUUAAAGUUGAAAAUGAGGAACUCAGUGAUAGAGAAGAGGAACACGAGGAAAAUCGGAAUAAACGAAUAUUAAGGAGUAAAAGUCACAAUAGGAAUAGUGGUAAAUCAAACGGGGAAGAGGUGCUAACGCGAACAACGCGGGGUAGGGACAGGACAAAGAGGGAGAAAAGUGCAGCCAGUAGUGAUGAUGAAAGGACGCACAAGAAGAAACGAAGAGAAAGUAUUCUUUCUCUCGAUUAUAAUGAAGGCGAUGAUGAUGCUUUAGUUUUAACUAAUGGCGAGACUCUACAGAGUGAUCCAGAAUGAAUAAUAUUUUAGAUUGAUUUUGAAUUACAUCUAACCAAAAUGUGGUGAAAAUCCGCGAUAUGAUUUGACAUAUUUUCUCUGGUUCCUGUGUACAAAAUUUUUCAAUUAAUGCAAUGCCGGCUGUUUACAGGACAGUGUUCGAAUAAACGAAUAAUUAGGCAUAAAGAAAGAGAUGUAAUUUCAGUACCUGUGUUGGUAAUAACUUCAAAUGAUAAAUAUUGACAUUGUGUCUAAAAGUUAACAAACUUGUAAAUACUCUUGUACUAUUAGAUUAGUAUAAAAUUUAAAAUUCAUGUUUACAUCAAAUUAUUUGCAUAUGACCAAGUUACAAAUUUAUAUUACAAAAAUAUAUCAAAUAAAUUUGAUUGUCGCCUUAUAAUUUAUAACAGCCAAAUGCUGUAAAAGAAGCCAGCACAAUCAGAUUGUUCAUAUUUUGUAAAUUUCUUGUAUCAACAUUUUAUGUAAAUCAGUAAAAGUUUGGUUAAUUAGUAAAAAUGGAUGAUACAAAAAAUUGUCAAGAAUUAAUCAAAAACACCUGACCACAUUUUAUGUAAACUAGUAAAUCAUUAAUACUUUCAAAUAUAUAAUGCAUGAAAAUGCAUCAUCUAAAUUAUAUAUGUAAUAAUCCAAUGUAUAUAUGUACUUCUAUGUAGAACAUGAGACAAUAUCACUCGCGCGCAUGCGUAUUUAUUUCUUUUUUUAUUAACUAAUUUAAGAGAGAAAAAAAUAUAUAAUGAUUUAAAAU